UUGCCUGACCCAGCGCUUCCUGCUGCUUCACGAUGGAUGCCUCUGCCCCAAGUACUGAGGGCUCAGGGGUCCCUCAGGCUUUGGCUUUCCGGCCCUGAGUUGUACCCCCCACAGGCUGUACCUCUUUCCAAAUUACAGCCAUUUUCCUCCCCACUCCCAAGGACGCAUCCCAGGAAGAGAGUCAGCUGCUGCAGCUCCAGCCAUCCCGGGUGCCCCUUUCUAGCACCUUCCCCUCCCCCACCCCAGCGAGCUGGUAGCCCCUCCUCCUCGAACCUGCCCAAAGGUCUCGGGACAGGGGGCAAUGCCAGGAAGCUGGUGAAAUCUUCCUUUUCCUUCGCCAUGGGUGAGGGCAUUAAGUAUGAAGCGGCCUCCCAGCAUGUGGAGGAUGCCUCAUCUUUGGACAAAGAGGCCAGCCCAGGGACGGAGCAGGUGAAGCUGAAGAAGGAGAUCUCGCUGCUGAAUGGCGUGUGCCUGAUUGUGGGGAACAUGAUUGGCUCAGGCAUCUUUGUGUCCCCCAAGGGCGUGCUUAUGUACAGUGCCUCCUUUGGCCUCUCCCUGGUCAUCUGGGCUGUUGGGGGUCUCUUCUCUGUCUUUGGGGCCCUUUGUUAUGCGGAACUGGGCACCACCAUUAAGAAGUCUGGGGCCAGCUAUGCAUACAUCCUCGAGGCCUGGGGACUCCUUGCCUUCAUCCGACUCUGGACAUCCCUCCUCAUCAUCGAGCCCACCAGCCAGGCCAUCAUCGCCAUUACCUUUGCUAACUACCUGGUGCAGCCCUUCUUUCCAAGCUGCUUUGCCCCCUAUGCUGCUGACCGGCUGCUGGCUGCUGCCUGCAUCUGUUUCUUAACCUUCAUUAACUGUGCCUAUGUCAAGUGGGGAACAAUUGUCCAAGACGGUUCCACCUAUGCUAAAGUAGUGGCUCUGAUCGCUGUCAUCAUCGCAGGCAUUGUUAGACUUGGCCAGGGAGCCUCGAAUCACUUUGAGAAUUCCUUUGAGGGUUCAUCAUUUGCAAUGGGCGACAUUGCCCUGGCACUGUACUCAGCUCUGUUCUCCUACUCGGGCUGGGACACCCUCAACUAUGUCACCGAAGAGAUCAAGAAUCCUGAGAGGAACCUGCCCCUCUCCAUUGCCAUUUCCAUGCCCAUUGUCACCAUCAUCUACAUCUUGACCAAUGUGGCCUAUUACACCGUGCUAGACAUGAAGGACAUCCUGGAGAGUGACGCUGUUGCUGUGACAUUUGCAGACCAGAUUUUUGGAAUAUUCAACUGGACAAUUCCACUGGCAGUUGCAUUAUCCUGCUUUGGUGGCCUCAAUGCCUCCAUUGUGGCUGCUUCUAGGCUUUUCUUUGUGGGCUCAAGAGAAGGCCAUCUCCCUGAUGCCAUCUGCAUGAUUCAUGUUGAGCGGUUCACACCAGUGCCUGCUCUGCUCUUCAAUGGUAUCAUGGCGCUGAUCUACCUGUGCGUGGAGGACAUCUUCCAGCUCAUUAACUACUACAGCUUCAGCUACUGGUUUUUUGUGGGGCUCUCAAUUGUGGGUCAACUUUAUCUGCGCUGGAAGCAGCCUGACCGUCCUCGUUCCCUCAAGCUCAGCCUUUUCUUCCCCAUUGUCUUCUGCCUCUGCACCAUCUUCCUGGUGGCUGUUCCACUUUAUAGUGAUACCAUCAACUCCCUCAUCGGCAUUGCCAUUGCCCUCUCAGGAUUGCCCUUUUACUUCCUCAUCAUCAGAGUGCCAAAACAAAAACGACCUCUUUGCCUCCGAAGGAUUGUGGCGUCUACCACCCGGUACCUCCAGCUCCUCUGUAUGUCAGUUGCUGCAGAGAUGGAUUUGGAAGAUGGAGAGAUGCCCAAGCAACAAGAUCCCAAGUCUAAGUAACACCUGGAAUCCUGAGAUGUGAAAGGAGGGGCCUCUUGUCUCUUACUGGCGGUAGCCAAGGAAAUUGAAAAGGAAAGCUCACUUCUUUGGAGGCACCUGUCUGGAAGCCUCAUGUAGGCAGCCUCAGCAACCUUGGAACUUGCUUUUUGAGAGACGGACAGUAAUUUAUUUGUUUUGCUAGAUAUUGUUCCAGAUAUUUUCAAAGCGAUGAUAAAGCAGACUGUGGUGGGAGCUUGUCAGAUGCAGGCUUGGUGGUUCUAGUAGCACAUUCCCGUGUGUUAAGAUAGUCACUCACCUGUGGGUGUGCCUACCUACUCCUCCUUUCCUUUAAAAGGGCCAACAAUGCUCCAAACUUCCUGUCUCCUUUACAGAGACAUGAAACUACAGGUGCUGGACAAUAAAAGGGUUAUGUUCCUAA